AUGGAAAGCUUCCAGUGCAGUGUCCAGCUGAAUGGCCAGGACCGGGCUGAGUUUUCAGCCGCUGCUGCAGAGUGUGGCCUCCUGCGGGCCGGCCUGGCCUCUGGGCAUGAGCUCUUGUCCAGUGACACUGACCAAAGGGACAGCAGUGGCAGCAGCCCCCCAGGGCCCCUGCCCCUUCCUGAGGGGCAGCUGGCUCCCAGGGGGAGUGACCGGCCUGGCUCUGAGGGGGAGAAGGUAGCCACCCGGCAGCUGGUCAGCAGGUCUUGGCAUGAGCCCGUGCUGGCCCCGGAGGCUGGUCAGCAGACGCCCAGCGUGUCCGUGCGGCCAGAAGCUCAGCCGUCCCUCAGCCCUGGUGCUGCCCCUCUGGUCCAGGGCUCAUCCCUCCCGGGGCCAGUGUCUUCCAGAGGCGAGAGGCAGAGGCUUCUGCAGGGGCCAGCCCCCUGGGGUCUUGCCCCUACUCUCACGGGUGAGCCUGCUCAGAGCCCCGAUUCCACCGGCCGCAGCGCUGCCCCCCAGAGGCCCCCUGGCAGCCCUGGAGCCCUGCUGCGCAGCCCCAGCCAAAAGAAGAGGCGGGCUGCAGGCACCAAGGUGGGUGGGUGCUUGGGUGACCCAGGCCCUGCUCCCACCCAGCUGGGCUCCCUACUGCUCACUGAGGCCGGGGCCGAGGACAGCCUUGGCCUGGCUGGGUCCAGGGGGAAGGGUCUCCGGGUGGGGGCCACAGGGCAGACAGCAGGAGCUGGGCAGAUCGAGCUGGGGCCAGAGUCUCCAGAAGCCCCUGAGCAGGUGGCCAGGCGAGGGCCAGGUGUGGAUCUGUCUGCAUCUGUCCCUACCACUGAGCAGGGUACAGACCUAAUCGGAAUGACCCUCAGAACUGAGCCACGCACUGUAUCCACGUUUGACCUUGAGGCUUCUGUAGAUGUCACAGUGGCUAAGUCAGACGUGGCUUUGUCCACACCCACCUCUGAGCCUCAGCCCGAUGAGCCUCUGUCUACACCUGCCUCCGAGCCUGGACUGGAUGUGGGCCUGCUUGUGCCAGGUCCAGGGGUCCAGCUGGAGGUGGAUUCAUCUACGCCUGUCUCAAAGGCUAUUCCCCGUAUAGCUCUGCCUCACCUGGUUUCUGAGGCUGGGUCUGAUGUGGGUGUGUCUACACCUGCUCCCAUCCCCGAGGCUGGGCCUGACGCGGCGGAGCUGGAUGUUGCCCCAGUGGCCAAGCUGGGUUUGAGCCCUAUUCGGUCUCCAGAGGGGGGCCGACAGAAGCCCAGAGGGGAGCCCUCAGCAGGUGCCCCUGGACACCGCACUGGGGAGCCCCCGCUAGGCCCUAUCCAAGCCCCCAAGAAGAAGAAAGUGCGAUUCUCCAUGGCUGUGCCCAGCCCCGAGGAGCCAAGGUCAGGCGAGGCCUCGGGCCCAGCCUUCCCAGCCACAGCCCCCAGGACAGCAGCUGGGGCCUGCAGGGCGUCUGGAGCCUGGGACACUGUGGCAGUUGGGCCCCGGACCCCCCAGCCUCGGAUCCUGAAGCACCUGCCCCCCCCUGCCCCCUCUGCCUCAGCGCGGCCUGGGCGCAGCUGCUGCUUUGCGGUGACCCUCCCAGAAGCCUAUGAGUUCUUCCUUUGUGACACCAUCGAGGAGGAGGAUGAAGACGUUGGGGAGGAAGCAGAGGCUAGCCAGGCUCUGGCCGAAGCCCAGUGGCCGGGCGUGUGCGAGUUCUUCCAAGAUGGCCAAACCCAGAGGUUGAGGCACCGGGAAGGCCACUCCCAGGCCCCAGCCCUCCAGGCUGAGCCUAUGCCGGCCCCUCCACCAGGAGAUCCCACACCCAUCUCCAUCCCCGAGGCCUACGAACACUUCCUCGGGGAGGACGUGUCAGGGGGCAUGCUGGGGCCGGCUGCCCUUCUCCAGAUGCAGGCCACGGAGCCCCCCAGGUCAGUCCCCUGGGACGUGGGGACUGGCAGCCCACCAGGGCCCAGCCCAGCCUCAGCGGAGCAGCUUGCCCCGGCCAUCAGGCAAGCAGGGGAACCCCGGCGUCCCCUCACCUCAUUUACCUUCAGCCAGAAUGACAUGUGCCUGGUGUUUGUAGCCUUCGCUACCUGGGCUGUGAGAACAUCAGACCUGCAUGCCCCAGAUGCCUGGAAAACAGUUCUGCUGGCCAAUAUCGGCACCAUCUCCGCUAUCCGGUACUUCCGCCGGCAGGUGGGGCGGGGGCGCCGCAGCCCCAGCUCCUAG